UUCCCUCAUUUAUUUUAUCAAGUCAACACUUGUUCAGCGGGGGUUAGAAGAAGAAUAAAAUCUGAGAAUGGAUUCGUCUCAGGGAAGCUCAGCUGCUACGAUUGUGAUUCCAAACAACAACAACGAGAAGCUGAUCGGUCUGCUUCAUGAUACUGGUUCUACUGAAAUUGUGGUCUUGUGCCAUGGCUAUCGAUCUAACAAGAAUGACCCAGUCAUGAUAAGUGUUGCUACUGCUAUAGAGAAAGAAGGGAUCAGCGCUUUCCGUUUUGAUUUCUCUGGGAAUGGAGAGAGUGAAGGCAGUUUCUAUUUUGGUAACUACAACUACGAAGCUGAUGAUCUACGUUCUGUUAUCCGAUACUUCACUAACAUGAACCGUGUGGUUCCUAUCAUUCUCGGCCACAGUAAAGGAGGUGAUGUGGUUCUCGUCUAUGCCUCCAAGUACCACGAUAUCUGCAAUGUAAUCAAUCUUUCGGGACGAUAUGAUCUAAAGAAAGGCAUAGGAGAGCGUCUUGGGGAAGAUUUUUUGGAAAGAGUUAAGCAACAAGGAUUCAUUGAUGUUAAAGAAGGAAACUCCGGGUAUCGUGUUACCAAGGAGAGCUUAAUUGAGAGGUUGAACACUGAUAUGCAUGAAGCUGGUCUCAAGAUUCACAAAGAAUGCAGGGUCUUGACGGUUCAUGGAUCCGCGGAUGAGGUAAUACCCCUGGAAGAUGCCAAGGAGUUUGCGAAGAUCAUACCGAACCACAAGCUGGAGAUUGUGGAAGGAGCUGAUCAUUGUUAUACCAAACAUCUAAGUCAACUAGCUACAACAGUUAUGGAGUUCAUAAAGACAGUCAUUGUGACCAACUAGUUUUUUUCCCCCUUUUAAAGUAAUGUUCAUGAUGCGCAAUUUGGUUUGUUUUUGGGUUUAAGAAUAAUGGUAACCAAAAUUAAAUUCUUCGUUAAUUAAGCGCUCUUGCUGCAGCACAUGAGACUUACACGAAACUGUGUUAUAUGUCAAUAUUAUUUUUGUUAA